AUGUCGCGUACUUUCUUUGUUGGUGGCAACUGGAAGAUGAACGGCUCGAUCGAGCAGUACCAGAGCCUAAUCAAGCAUCUGCUGGAUUCCAGCCUGGAUUCGAAAGCUGAGGUUGUGAUAGCUCCCCCAUCGCUGUACCUAUUGCCAUCGCAGAAGCUUCUUGAGGGCAAGCAAAUCGCGUUGGGCGCCCAGAAUGCUUACAACAAGCCAUCUGGUGCAUUCACAGGAGAGAUCUCUGUUGCUCAGCUCAAAGAUGCUAGCAUUCCUUGGGUGAUUCUUGGCCAUUCUGAACGCCGCUCUAUUUUCGGCGAGACGGAUGAUAUGGUGGCUCAGAAGACGUCGGCCGCUCUCGAGACUGGUCUCUCUGUGAUUCUUUGCGUUGGUGAGUCGCUUGAACAGCGUGAGAAGAACGAGAGUAUCAACGUUGUCCUGGGUCAGCUUGAGACGGCCACAAAGGACGUCAAGGAUUGGAGUAAGAUUGUGAUUGCUUACGAGCCGGUAUGGGCAAUCGGCACUGGCAAAGUUGCUACGGCCGAGCAGGCUCAGGAAGUCCACGCUGCCAUCCGUCAGUGGCUCGUCAAGAAGGCUGACCAGCAGGUGUCUGACACGCUGCGUAUCAUCUACGGAGGUAGUGUGGCUGCUAAGAAUUGCAAGGAGCUCGCCUCCCAGCCAGACAUUGAUGGCUUCCUUGUCGGCGGAGCAAGUCUGAAGCCUGAAUUUGUUGACAUUGUGAACGCUCGUCUGUAG